AAACGAUAAGAAAUCCGCCGGCGUUCUGUGUUUUUAUUUCUGAGAGCUGUCAUUGGUCGACUGGUCGUUCAUCUUUCUCGGUGUGUUUUGUUUACCACUUUACCUGCACCUGCGAUUUUGUGAAAUGAAUGCUGUUGGAAAAGCACGUGACAACUUGUGAGUUUCGAAUGCAAAUAAUUUGUAUUUUACGUAAUUUUAAAGAAAAUAAUUAGCCGGAUUCGGCGAUAAAUCAAUCUAUAUACGGUACCGAGAAACCAAAUGUGUGAGAUGUAAAACUCUCCUGCUUUUCAAAUUCGCCUUACAUCGUUUAUGUGUACAUUAUAUAUCGACGGCGCAGCGAUGGUCGUGGUCGAGUUGACUCGAGAACUGUUUGAACUACGAUAAUAAAAAACAUUUUAAAGCCCCCUUGAAAAUGAAACCGGAUUCUUUACGAAGUGAAGUUAUCAACGUUGAAGAUACGAAAAAUUCCGAUAUGAAUACCGAUGUAGCGCACAACGAGGAGAGCAGCGACUCCGACUGCGUUUUCAUUCCAAAUUCAAAAUCACCAUCGACGACGAAUUCGAGUAGUUCAGAUACCGAUGAUGAACUGACCGAUGGAAGUUGUCAAAAUUGUGAUUGUGAUGAAUGUGAACUCGCAGCUACCACUACCGAUACGUCACCUCCUUCAGCACCGGUUUCAAAACCGUCCGUUGGAAGAUGCCGAAAUUCGAAUUCGGUUCCGGCAAAAUACUGCAAUUUUGACGUUCCUCUACUCUUUCCUGAUUAUUAUGUUGGAAAAAUCGCUCGGUUUUCGAGGUCAUCCGGUCUACAGGAAUCAUCAACGUUACCGGAAACCGGUCAAAAUGACAAAGAACACAGAAAGUUACCAGCAAAGUACUCCAGUACAGACGUACCACAACUUUUUCCUGAUUUUCAUGCCGGAAAAAUUUCUCGUUUUCCGAGAUCAUCUGAUCCAGAGGAGCCAUCAAAGCCAUCGAAAAUUUCUUGUAAUGCUGAGCAACACGAAAAGCUGAAUCAAUCCAAUAAAUCAUUCGUGAAUGAAGUAUCGAAGCACACUGGUCUCAGUUCUGAACAUGCUACACCGUCGUCACCUGCUGCUGCGAUUGUACCUGAUGAGGGUUAUAUUUCCAAACCAGCGGCGAAAAACAUGAAGCGGAAAAAAGACAACACCGGAGCAAAUCCUGGAGCAGCUAAUUGGCGUUUUGGACCUGCUAAGCUGUGGUAUGAUAAGUUGAAUGUACCUGAAAAUGGAGAAGGGUUCGAUUAUGGUUUCAAAUUGAAGAAAACUGAUGAUAAUCCUGCCACCGAAAAAAUAAUCCAUUCCGGUGGGUGCGAUAUUCCAGAUGAGUCGUUUCUUAUGGUUGUACAGAUAACAUGGGAAGAUGAUGUUAUCUGGGAGGUCAAUGAAAAAGUCAGGCAAAAAGUAUGGCGGAAUUUGAACCGCCAAACUCAUGCCGCUGGUUGGUUACCUUAUAAUAAUUAUAGACUAGCUCAGCUCCUCGGUCAUCCUCAAAAUAAAUCUUAUACAUCCGGUAUAAAGGGCACGACUGAUAAUGCCGAUAAUACUUGGUAUUCCAUAUUUCCGAUCGAGAACGACGAACUUAUUCAUGGAAUUUGGGAAGAUGAAAUUAUUUGGGAUUCCGAAGCUGUCACGCGAAUACCUUAUCCCAAACUUCCAACAUUGGAUCUAAACGACGAAAAUAUAAUUUACGAGAUCGAAGGCGACGCAGAUCCUAAAAAACAAAAAUUAGAUCCCAGUGCAACUUCAAAAUCCAAACUUUUACGUAAUAAAGCUAAAGUGAUCGAUGAAUUGGGCGAAGAUGUAUCAUCUCAGUCACCGAACCUCGACCCUUUCAACAUAUCCAACGACAGUUAUUAUUUGCCAAAAUCAUCGGACCCAUUUUUAAAAUUGAAAAUGGGUGGAAAUCUAAUCCAACAUUCGAUUCCUGUGAUCGAACUUCAAGCUCCUUUUGUACAAACGCAAAUUGGUCCUAUGCGAUUGAGAAAUUUUCAUCGACCAUCGCUGAAACGAUAUUCAAACGGUCCUAUGGGUCUCCCUGGAGCUCAUUCUGUGACUUCAUUGACCAAAUAUAUCGAAGAUAUAGCCAAAGAAAGAGAAGAACUACGUGUUGCUUCCGGCGGAGGAAACGUGUUCUUUAUGCGGACCGCUACAGAUUUAACUGGACGAGACGGUGAAUUAAUUCUGGUCGAGUUUUCCGAAGAACAUCCUCCUCUAAUCAAUCAAGUUGGAAUGUGUUCGAAAAUUAGAAAUUACUACAAACGAAAGGCAACUAAAGACCAAAAUCGGACCAAGUUCCGUUACGGUGAAGUAGCUCAUGCACACACGUCUCCAUUUUUGGGAACUUUACCUCCUGGCAAAUCGAUCCAAGCAAUCGAAAACAACUUGUAUCGAGCUCCUAUAUACGAACAUAGGAUUCCACAAACUGAUUUCCUAGUUAUUAGAACGAGGCAGAAGUACUUCAUUCGAGAAGUAAACGCGUUAUUUACGGCUGGUCAAUUAUGUCCAUUGCACGAAGUCCCUAGCCCACGUUCCAAAAUAGCCAUCGAUUUCGUUAGGGAUUUUUUUUUCGUAUUUAUUUACAGAUUAUUUUGGCGUUGUGAGGUUCUGCCGAGAAGAAUCAAAUUCGAAGAUGUUAUGAAGGCAUUUCCAUCCCAUCCUAAAGAAAGUAUUCGUAAACGAUUGCAAUUAUGCGCUAAUUUGAAGAUACUCGACAAUUCAUGGUGGUGGGUGUUGAAACCAGAUUUUGUACUGCCUUCCGAAGAUCAAAUCAGAUCGAUGGUUUCUCCAGAACAGUACUGUGCAUAUUUUAGUGCAAUUGCUGCAGAACAAAGACUAUACGAUGCCGGGUACGGUGAGAAAUCUGUUUUCGCUCCUAUAGACGACGAUCCUGAUAUGUUGCAAAAACUAGACGAUGAAGUCAAAGCAGCUCCUUGGAAUACCACCAGAGCUUAUAUUCAAGCUAUGAAAGGUAAAUGUUUGCUUCAACUGAACGGUCCUGCUGAUCCAACCGGGUGUGAUGAAGGCUUUUCGUACAUACAAGUGCCAGUUAGACCAACGUCCAAGGAAAAUGACGAAGAACAAUUAAUGCAAUCGAAGAAAAUACUCGACGAUAUGGGUGCUGAUUUGAAUAACUUAUCAUUGAAUACUGGCAAGACAUUUUUAAAAAAAUACGGAAUUCCUGAAAAAAUUAUUAAGAAGUUGAAUCAAUGGGAAGUUAUCGAAAUUGUUCGUGCGUUAUCGAAGAAAAAAGCUAAAGUUAACGGAAAACGUUUAGCUAAAUUCUCAAAAAAGAAUCGAUUCUCGGCUGCUGAACGACAAAGAAGAUACGAAAAGGAAUGCCAGCGUCUUUUCGACCUUCAAAAUAAAAUACUGUCUUCGAGAGAAAUACUCUCAAGUGAUGAAGGUGAAAGUUCCGAUGACGAUGACUCCGAUAUUGAAGAAAUGAGCAGACACAUCGAACUCAUGUUGACUAGCAAGAAAACCAGUACGCAGUUGCGGUUAGAACGUGAGGAGCAACAACGAAAAGAAUUACGUAAAUUGGUGCGCGAUGAUAAUCUGAAAAAAAGUGACCUAGAUUUAAAGAAAGAACGUGUGUUGAGGAUCUAUCGCACUUAUAGAGAUCCUAAUGGUAAUGAGUUCACCAGAACGGAAGUGGUACGAAAUCAAGGCGUGAUUGAAGCUUAUGUGAAAGUACGCACCACCAAAACUGAAGAGUUCAUCAAACAAUUUGCGGUUCCCAAAGUUUCAGAAAGGAAAGAAAUGGAACUCAGGAGGAAGAGGAAUCGUUUGCUGACCGUUGAACCAUCGCAAGAUCCUUCGAAGCAUCCUGAAACACCUACCAAAAUGAUCCCGCGCUCCGGUACUGUGUCUACACAAAAACGUUCUCCAGGUCAAGGUCCAAUUAACGUUAACAUCAACUCUAAAGUGAGAUGUGGAGCCUGUGGAGCGAUUGGCCACAUGCGAUCAAAUCGAGCAUGUCCGCAGUACCAGUUCACACCACCUCGUCCUCUCGCUCCUCCUCCACCACCUAUGUUCAACUUACCUCCGAUUCUAGAACUCGGAGAUGAAGUACCAAAACAAACAAACAACAAAAUCGAAAAUUUGGUCAGUGUUGAAGGCACCAAACUAACCAUCAGCAAUCAAUUGAUCAAGUUUCAUGAAGUUAUCAAACGACAAUCAGAAGCAAUCCUCAAGAAUGCACUGACUCGUAAACGUGAAGCAAGCACUGACGAUUUAAAGAACGAAUAUUUGAAAAAACGAUUCAAACCCGCUGAUGGUUGUCGUACCGAUCCCCACGUUCUAUUGAUGAAUUAUUUUGCGGCAAUUUUGAACGAAAUUCAAAAUAUGCCCAAUGCUCAGCAUUUUAUGUGCCCUGUCUCUCAUAAAAAUGUUCCGAAUGACUUUCGUAUUAUCCAUAGACCGAUGGAUUUGCAAACGAUGAGACAAAAAAACGCACAGAAGAAGUAUAAAAACAGGGGAGAUUUUUUAUCCGAUCUCAAUCAAAUCAUACAGAAUUCUUCGAUAUAUAAUGGUGCUAUGAGUUCUCUCACGUUGGCUGCGACAGAUAUGUUGAAUUUAUGUCUUAAAAUAAUGAAACAAAGAGAAUACCAGUUGGUAACACUGGAAAAACAAAUUAAACAACUAUCGAGCAACGAUCACCAAAGACGUGUAUCCUUCGUUCUUGAAAAUAUCCUGAAUAAAUUGACAAGGAUGCCGGAAUCCUUCCCUUUUAUGAAACCUGUCGAUAAAAGAGCAUCUAAAGUUUGCCACGAUGCCAUUGCACGUCCUAUGGAUUUGGAAACGAUCGGUAAAAAAGUAAAAACCCACCAAUACCAUUCGAAAAACGAAUUUUUGGGAGAUAUCGAGCUCAUUUAUAAUAACUGCGUUAUUCAUUACGGACGAAAAUCUCCAGAAACCGAAAAAGCUAUUAUUUUAAUGAAAGCAGUCAAGACAUUGUUGGAAGAGCACGAUAUUCUAGCUCACUCGAGUAAUCUUGAACAAAAUGUCAAGAAAAUCCCCGAAGUGAAAAUCGAUCCGGUGUCGUCGUCGUGGGACACAAAAAAUGGACAUCAAUACCAGAAGAGUCUGAGCAAUUUGUCCACUAACGUUGUGGUGACCACAGAAUCUGCAAACAAUUCGGGGGAAAAAGUUGACUCGAAAAAUGUAGUAGAAAAUAAAACGCCAGAGACUUCAGAUGAAGAUUCAAGUUCUAGCUCAAGUUCAAGUUCCAGUUCGUCGAGCGAAGACGAUGAAAGUGACGAUGACAGGAUGGAAGGAGUGAAGGAUGGAGGUGGCCACGUGUUAGCUAUGGAUCACGGUCGGACUCCAAUUAGCACAUCUGAAAACGUGAUUCAACCAGAUCCUGCCGGAAGUGAAACUUUCCCCAGUGAUUUCCACUCAUUGAAUGAUGGAAUGCAUGAUAAGAAAGACCAUGAUCAUAAAUUAACGACCAGUGUUUCUGUAGAAUUGAACGCGCUGCUCGAUGAUCUAAACGUUAGCGAUGACGAGAACGAAAUGAAUGGAAAAAAUGAAACUAUUCCGGCUAAAGUCGUGAAAUCUAUAGAUAACGGAAAUGACAAUAUAAUUUUAAUUGAUUAAAAUUUUGAAUUAGUUUUUAUAAAGUUAUAACAUUUUAUUUUUUUACGUUGAUUUAUUUUAUCUUUUUAUCAUAGUUUUAAUUCGUUAUUGUUACACGAUCCUUGAUCCAAAAAUCGGGAUGAAAAUUGUUGUCUUUCAUUUACAUAUUUCGUCAGAGUAUCGAUGAAAUUCAUACUAAAUAAGUACUCUAAUUUUUUGUUAUUUUAAUUGUUUUAUUUUUACUUUGUUUUGUUAUAGUUUUGUUAUAAUCGAUUUUUUCUCACGUGUUUUUUCAAUCACUGUCGUAUUAGCGUUAUUUUUUUGUUUUUGUUUUUUAUAUUACAGUUUAUCGAAAUAUAAUUG